UUUAGCUUCUUUUAGCACAAAGUUCUGCUGCAGAACCAUUUAGACAUCAUAGUAACGCUCAUUUCUAAUCAAACUAUUCUUUCCAUUAAUCAUAAUAUUCUGGUUUAAGCUCUGAAAUGUUUCCACUUUUUGACAUGAAAUUGUUCUUUUCCAGGUUUCAGGUAGUUAACAAGAUGAGCCAGAUUCUAAAUGAGUGGAUAAAUAAUUUAAAAGUCACCAAAUAACAUUAAAACCUGAACAGAAAGCUGAAAGUGUGCAGCUGUAAAUAUUCCAGACUCCUUCAUGCUCACAGAUGUGUGUGUUGAGGUGUCUGCGGUGUGUCGGCGUGUCUCUGGUUCCCAUGGCGAUCGUCUGCAUGCUGUCCAACGUCCUGCUGUUGUUUCCUGACCUGAAGGUCCGCUUCCUGCUGGAGGGUCAUGUGACCAGAGAGGCUGCCUGGGCGACCGGCGUCUGGGGCUCCGGCAUCACGGUUCUACUGGGAGCUCGAGCGUUCAUCCAGAGCAGCAGAGAGAGAGGCUGCUGCGCCUUCAGGAGUCAGAUGUUGUGCCAGGUGCUGGUGUCCUGUGCCUGCCUGCUCGCUGCUGCCUCCUGCUGUCUGGUCAGUGCCACUGGUCUUUCUCAGGGUCCUCUGUGUCUCUACAACUCGUCCUCUGGUCCUACCUGGGGGGUUCCACUGCAGCCCCUCCCGGACAGACACUCGGGGUACCUGUACAACCGGACCCUGUGGUCGGGGGUGUGUCUGGAACCCGGCUCGGUGGUGCAGUGGAACGUGGUUCUGUUCAGUGUGAUGGGAGGAACCAGCGGCCUGCAGACGCUCCUCUGUGGGUUCAACGUCCUGAACUCUCUGCUGGGGCUGAUCCUGGGUCAGGGCUUCUGCCACAACAAGGUCAGUCCGGUGUCGGUUUGAAGCUCCUUCUCAGUUCCAGGGGAGACCAGUCGUGAUGGAAACUCUUCAGAAUGAAAUCUUUUAUUUGCACUGAAGCACUUUAGUUGAUACUGUUCCGAUCAAUCAUCAAUAUGCUGACUUUACACAUGCAGAGUGUAGGAAUGUGAAUAUUGAUCUUCUGUGAAUAUCAGGUUCCAUGUCAGAAACGAUCUGAGCCUGUUCAUUUAAACAGGAAGUGAUGGCAGAUCUGAGAACAGACGAGGAUCUGAUCCCAGUUAUUUCACGUCUUCUGAUGAAACACAUUUAAACUAUUUAAACUAAUCCAGUGUUUAUGUUCUGCUGCUGCUGGAUGUUCUGUCAUUGGUCGGAACCUUCCUCUAAAUCUCGUCCAUCCUUUUCAAACCAGUUCUCCAACUAACGUACAGUGAUGUGAAAAAGUAUUUGCCCCCUUCUUCUCAAAUUCUUUUUUUUCUUUUUGCAUAUUUUCUCCACUUUAAUGUUUCAGAUCAUCAAACUAAGGUAAACAUCAGACAAACCAAAGGAAACACAAAAUUCAGUUUUUAAAUCAUGAUUUUAUUUAUUAAGGAAUAAACUCUCUUCAAAGCUCCCUGA